AGCAGAGCAGACCCGCGUCGAGAGGCGUGUGAUCCGUUUCACUGGUGAGGAAGAAGGAAGUGACAGAGUCACGGGAGCGGCGUGGCGUCUGUGUCCCGUGUCCUGGUCCGCGAUGGUCUUCGAGUCUUUGGUCAGUGAUGUCCUGAACAGGUUUAUAGGCGACUAUGUCGAAAAUCUUGACAAAUCACAGCUGAAGAUCGGUAUUUGGGGAGGUGAUGUGGUUCUGGAAAACCUAAGAGUGAAGGAGAACACUUUGAGUGAACUGGAUGUACCAUUUAAAGUGAAGGCUGGGCAAAUUGGCAAGCUAACUCUAAAAAUCCCCUGGAAGAAUCUCUACAGUGAAGCUGUGGUUGCUACCUUGGAUGGUCUGUAUCUCCUAGUAGUUCCUGAAACAACGAUCAAGUAUGAUGCAGCUAAAGAAGAGCGCCAUCUCCAGGAGGCUAAACAGAGGGAGCUUCAACGCAUUGAGGAGGCCUUGCUACUGGUGGCACGCAGAGACUCUCAAGUCGGAGAGUUUGUGUUUAAUCUGGAGAGUUAUGUGUAUAAGGACACACGUGACAAAGGACGUAAACAUAAAAAUCACAAAAAACACUUAAGGAUGUAUAAAAAGCAUGACCAAAAACCAGAGAAGCCUCUGGAUGAGAAGAAAGACACAUUUGCUGAGAAACUGUUCACACAAAUAAUCAAAAACCUUCAGGUCAAGAUCAGCAGCAUUCACAUCAGAUAUGAGGAUGAUGUUUCGGACCCUCAGAAGCCUCUUUCCGUGGGUGUGACUCUAUCUGAACUCAGCCUACAGACAGCAGAUGAAAACUGGAGGCCUUGUAUUUUAAAUGAAGCUGUCAAAAUUAUCUACAAGCUGGGUAGUUUGGAGUGUCUGUGUGCCUACUGGAAUAUUAACAGCCCUAUCUUCUACAGAGACCCUUGGGAGGAGAUAGUGGACAAACUAAAAGCAGGAAUCAGCAGCAAAGAUGAAGAACUGAAAGGCUAUGAAUAUAUUUUCAAACCCAUUUUUGCUUCUGCCAAGAUCUGCAUCAACCCAAAUGCUGAUGUUGAGCUGAAAUCACCCAAAGCAAAGUUGCACCUGGAAGUGCAGAACAUUGCUAUUGAAUUUAACAAGCCACAGUAUCUGUCUGUGGUGGAGCUGUUGGAGUCAAUAGACUGCAUGGUGAAAAAUGGUCCCUACAGGAAGUUCAGACCAGAUGUCCCUGUAAACAAACAUGCCAGGCAGUGGUGGAUGUAUGGCAUCAACAGUGUGUUGGAGGUGCACAUUAGGCGUUUUAACCAGAUGUGGAGCUGGACGCAUAUCAGAGGGCACAGACAAAGACUUAAAGCCUACAAGAUGGCAUACAAAGCCAAACUGACUCACAGCAAACUCAGGGAAGACACAGAAAAACAGAUCCUGGAACUGGAGAAAGUUCUAGAUGUGUUCAACAUCACAUUGGCCAGACAACAAGCACAGAUGGAGGUGGUUCGAUCAGGUCAGAAGCUUACUGCCAAAAAGGCAAAACAAAACCACGGAGGAGGUGGAUUAUUCAGUGGCUUCUUUGGAAAAAAAGAAAGAAAAAAGAAAGACCAAGAAGAGGAGGACAAACAGCCAGAAAGUAUAGAUGCUGUCAUGACCACCGAAGAGAAGACCAAGUUAUAUACAGCCAUUGGCUACAGUGAGAAUUCUCCCAACCUGGCCUUACCCAAAAAUUACAUAGCAGUGAUCGUAAACUUCAAGCUCCUACAGACAUCAGUAACUGUGCGUGAGGAAGCCAGUAUUCCAGAGAUUCUUAAAGUGCAGAUGAUUGGCCUCAGCACCACCAUCUCCCAAAGACCUGGAGCACAGGCUAUAAAAGUGGAGGCCAGUCUGGAACAUUGGUAUGUGACUGGGCUACAGCAGCAGGGCAUUACACCGUCUCUCAUAGCAUCUGUGGGAAACUCAAACUCCUCUCUGCUAAGUGUGCUGUUUGAGCUUAACCCAGAGGACACUGCAGUGGAUCAGCUACUCCAUGUCCACUCUCAACCUGUGGAAAUCAUCUAUGAUGCACUGACAAUUAACAGCUUAGUAGAGUUCUUUAAAACGGCUAAGGGUGUGGACCUGGAAGUAAUCACAUCAGCCACACUCAGCAAACUGGAGGAGAUAAAGGAGAAGACAGCCAGUGGUUUGUCUCAUAUUAUUGAGACACGGAAGGUUCUGGAGCUGAAGAUUGACCUGAAGCCCUCCUACCUGCUGCUGCCCAAGUCAGGUUUCUACCAUAGCAAAUCAGACCUCAUUAUCAUAGACUUUGGUAGCCUGCAACUUAACAGCAUAUACCAGAGCAGUCCUGAACAAGUAUCUGCUAGUUUUUCCUCAGUAGAAGAGAUCAUGGACAGAGCAUAUGAGAGAUUCUCAUUGGAGUUAUGCAGUGUGCAAGUUCUCUACAGCAAAUCAGGUGACAUGUGGAAAAGUGCUCAUAUGCAGGGUUCAUCCAACCAGCACAUUCUGCAGCCCAUGGACUUCACUCUGGAGCUUGCCAAGUGUAUGGUGGAGAAAGACAUACGCAUGCCUAGGUUUAAGGUCACUGGGGAACUGCCAUUACUGCAUGUGAAGAUUUCCGAUCUGAUGAUGCAGGGGGUUGUAGAGCUGGUUGACAGUAUUCCCCUUCCCCAUGUUUCUUCCACACCGCCCUCCACCCCUAAUCAGAAGGCUAUGUCAAUAUCAUUAGCAGAUACCAGGCCGAAGGUGCUGAGUGUAGAUCCAUCAGCAUUACCGUAUUCCAUGGUAUCAGAUUCUGAGGAGGAGACUCCUGAAAGGUAUCUUAAUGAGGAUGCCCAGAGAUUAGCUUUGGAAGAACUGACGGAUGUUCAUUUUACAUUUGAAAUCAAAACAGUGCUGUUGGAGCUCUUGUGUCAGGAUGCUCAGGAAGGCAAAAUCUUGGCUUUAAAUGUGUCUCAGUUGGGUUGUGAAGGCAAGAUGAGGACUUAUGACCUCACAGUCAAAUCCUACUUGCACAAGAUUAGCCUUGAUUACUUUGGGAUGAGAGAUGCUCAGAAUCAGCCACUUCAUCUAAUUACCUCAUCAGACAAACAUGGAUCUGAUCUGCUGAAAAUUGAGUACAUUAAAGCCGAUGUGAGCGGACCCAGUUUCCAAAGCGUCUUUGACAAUACAGAGCAGGUGCUAAAGGUGGAGUUUUCCUCACUGGAAUUCCUUCUCCACACAAAAGCCCUAUUGUCUACCAUUAACUUCCUGAAUAGAGCAGUGCCAAAGUUCACAGCUUCUAAAGAAAGAGACAUCAAGAGACCAGCUGAUAGGGUUACAACAGGGAAGACAGUAUCUACAGGUUCAAAGGACUCAGGGGUAGUCAGCUUUAAGCUUUUCGCCAUGCUGGGUUCCUUUGGAGUGACCAUCUGUGAUGACAGAAGUAGCAUUGCAGAUAUCCAAAUUGAAGGGAUUGAUGCCUCUCUGGUUGUCCAGGCCAAAGAAACAGAGGUGUUUGCCCGUCUGCGAAACGUUGUAGUGAUAGACGUUGAUACGAAAACCAUACAUAAAAAGGUGGUGUCUAUUGUGGGUGAGGAAGUAUUUAGCUUCAAGCUGAGUCUGUACCCUGGAGCCACAGAAGGAGCGGGUUACUCUGACACUUCAAAAGUAGACAGCAAAGUCACUCUGAGACUAGGCUGCAUCCAGAUCAUCUACUUGCACAAGUUCCUUGUAUCUCUUCUGGACUCUUUUAGCAAUCAAUACCCCUCUGCUGAUGAGACAUAUGUGGAUAACUUCCAGGCAGCCAAGAAGGCUAUAAGCAUUGCCACAGCACAGGCAGCGGAGAAAGCAGCUGCCAGUGUGAAGGACUUCGCUCUGAAGAGUUUUAGACUGUCAGUGGACAUCAAACUGAAGGCCCCACUCAUCAUCAUCCCUCAGUCUUCCAUGUCCCAAAAUGCCUUUGUGGUGGAUCUGGGUCUCAUUACUAUGAGCAACACCUUCUCUCUGACACCAGCUAAGGGUUUUCCUCUCCCAGCUGUAGUGGAGACCAUAGAUGUUAAACUCACCCACCUCAAAUUAUUAAGAACAGUUCUAAGGCAUGAGGCACCUCAGCCACACUUGGAAAUUCUACAGCCAAUUAACCUGGAGUUGUUGGUUAAACGCAAUCUGGCCGCCUCCUGGUUCACAAAAAUCCCUGGAGUAGAGGUCAAAGGAUUGCUAAAAUCCAUGAAUAUCACUAUUGGUUGUGAAGACCUUUGUGUUCUGAUGAGGAUUCUAGCAGAAAACACUGAAGAAGGUAACAGAAUGGCAUCUUCUGACACAAAGAAACCCACAGUUGAAGAUAAACCUGUAACAAAUGAAGCACUCAAAGAGACACUUCCUGUGGAGACAGAAAGCCACCCAGCAAUUACCAGUGGAAACUUAAGUGAAAAUGUUGUCAGUGUUCUCCUCAAGUUUGAAAUCAUGGAGGUUCUGCUCACACUGAAUAAGCCAAAGAAUGGGUUGGAGUGUCCAUUUUUGGUCUUGCAUGCAGCUGAGCUUGGAAUUGACACCAAAGUUCACAAAUUUGACAUGGUGGCCACCACAUACAUCAAGACCAUUUCUGUGAAGUGCCCAGACAUUCCAGAUUUACAUGGUGAGCCUGUCUGCAUCCUGAGCUCCUCAGCAAAACAGGGAGCUGAACUCCUCAAAGUAGAGUAUUUUAAGGCUAAUCGUGAUGCGCCUAAUUUUUCUACCAUUUUCGAGAAUACACAACAGAAGAUGAAAAUUAUUUUCUCUUCUCUGGACCUGACUCUGCAUACUGAGGCUCUUCUUUCUAUCAUGGACUUCAUGUCUACUAUCCUGUCCUGUAGUAGUUUGUCCUCACCUGAGAAAGAGAGCAAGAUUAAUGAAGGAACAAAAGCUACCCCAGCCAAAUCCAUGAGGUGCCAUUAUGAAGGAGACAUCAUUGAUCUGAAAAUCCUUGUGCAGCUGGGGGCCUUCAACAUGUUACUAUGUGACCAGCACUGCAACAUUGCUGACAUGAAGAUUCGGGAUCUACAUGGGUCUCUCUUGAUGAAGGAAAGUGAAACACACAUGUCUGCUAGACUGCAUGAUUUUGUUGUCAUUAAUUUAGACCCAGAAGCAGUUCACAAAAAGGUUGUCUGUAUUGUGGAUGAUGAAGUAUUCAGCUUUAAUAUGAGUCUAACCCCUAAAGCCACAGAAGGUGAGGGAUACACAGACACCUCAAAAGUGGAUGGAAAGGUCAAGCUCAAUGUGGGCUGCAUUCAAGUAGUCUAUCUACAGAAGUUUGUCAUGAUAUUGGUGAAAUUCAGUAAUAGCUUUCAAAUGGCCAAGGAGGCUUUAAGUGUGGCCACAGCACAGGCAGCGGAAAAAGCAGUGUCCAGUGUAAGGGACUUUGCUCAGAAGAGUUUCAGAAUCUCCAUGGACAUUAGACUAAAGGCCCCACUCAUCAUCAUCCCUCAGUCAUCCAUGUCUCACAAUGCUGUGGAGGUUGACCUAGGUCUCAUCACUGUGCGGAACAGCUUCUCUCUGCUUCCAGUAGAGAAUUGUCCAUUGCCUGCUGUCAUAGAUAACAUUGACCUGGAGCUAACCCAGCUUAAGCUGUCCAGAAUCUUUAUGGAGGAAGAUGUAAAUAAACCUAGUUCUGAGCUCCUACAACCAGUGAACCUGGUCCUGUCGGUCAGACGUAACCUUGCCGCUACCUGGUACCAUAAGAUGGCUGCCCUUGAGGUAGAUGGAGAUCUGAAGCCCAUGGAAGUAGCUUUGAGUCAGGAUGACCUGGUUCUCUUAUUAAAGAUUCUGAUGGAAAACAUUGGAGAGGCCAGCAGCAUUCAACCAUACAUCAGCCCAGAUCCAGGAAUAAAACAGGCAAAUGUGCCUGCCAGAUCUUGCACACAUAAUGUCUCUGAGAAUGUUGUAGGAAGACAGCCAGAGAGCAAAUCAGCAGAGAAUGAACUGGUGGAGACUGUGAAUUUCAGUUUCAAUGUUGAGUCACUUGGUCUGGUACUGUACAACAACGAUCCCACCCAGCCUGGUGUGCAUCAUGAGCGUUUGUGUAUAGGAGCGUUUAUGUUACAUAAGAUAACUGCUUCUGGUAAGUUGUUCAAUGACAGCAGUCUGGAGGUUUCUAGUAUUCUCACCACCUGCACCCUAGAUGACAGGAGGAGCAGCCUUGAGCGAAUCACAUCCAGAAUGCUGAAAAAGCGUGAUGACAGCUCAGAUGCCAUGAUUGACUUGACAUACUCACAGAACAGAGAUGAACGCUCUGUGGUAGCUGUGUUCCAGAAACUGUAUCUCUGUGCCAGCAUGGAGUUUCUCAUGGCUGUGGCUGACUUCUUCAUCCAUGCUCUGGCCAAGUCCCAGGGCACAGUGUCAGACAAACCAAGACCAUUCCCACGCAAACAGAUCUCAGAGCAAAUGGCCCAGGGUGAACUGAAUGCAGCCACAGCCCAGAAGACCAUGCUGCGUGCCAUUGUGAUAGAUCCGGAGGUGGUGUUUGUGGCAAAUCUAAUGAAAGCAGAAGCUCCUGCUUUAGUGGCUUCUUUCCAGUGUGAUUUCAGUCUGUUCUCUGAAGAGGCAGCUCAGGUCAUGAAAGUCAACCUUAAGGGUCUCAAAAUUCUUGCCUGCCCAUUCAUAAGGAACAAGGACAGCAAGGCCGUAACCACUGUGCUUAGGCCAUGUUCUGUUCUCCUUGAAACCAAAAUUUCAGCCAGUGGUCCAUUCACUGGCUCUGUCACUGUAGAUGAAGUCAUUGUAAAAAUCUCACCAAUCAUCCUCAACACUGUCCUGACCAUCACUGCAGCCAUGACCCCUAAGCCCAAGGAGGAGGUGGUCAAUCAGAAGCCUGUUGAGCUGAGCACACUGUGGGCUGUAAGGGACAUCUACUCCUGCAACUUCUGGUUCCUGGAUGUUGAGACUGCAACUGAGGUGAAUGAGAGAUUCCAGGAGGUACACAGCAGCAAAAAGGUCGAGACAUUUAGAGCUGAUGUGAAGGUGGUGCAGGUGACUCUGGAGUCCGGCCAGGGCCACCACACUGUUCCCCUGCUGCUGGCUGAGUCGUCACUGUCUGGCUGUGCACAAAACUGGUCUUCUUUGCUCAGUGUGUCUGCAGAUAUGACACUAGAGGUGAACUAUUUUAAUGAGUCUCAUGCCGUUUGGGAGCCCCUCAUAGAGAGAGUUGAUAACGGCAAACGCAGAUGGAACCUUGGAAUUGAGGUAAAGAAUAACCCUGUUUGUGAUAAGAGCCCUAUUCCUGGUGAUGACUUCAUUGUGCUGCCUGAAUCUUGCACAUCCAUCAACAUCUGCUCCAAAGACACCAUGAACAUCACAUUGUCCAAAUGCUGCCUGAAUGUCUUUCACAACCUCACCCAGGCUUUCUCAGAGGGCACUGUCUCCACAUUUGAUCAUUCUCUGAAAGAGAAAGCUCCAUUUACUAUCCGGAAUUCCCUUGGCGUGCCACUAAUCAUCCAGCAUAGUGCUAAUCUGCGCUUGGCUGACUCACCAUCCCAAAGUAAAGUGCAUGAAGUAGGAGUGGGGGAAUCCUUGGAUUUGGAAUAUUCUAUAUUUGAAUUUUCAACACGAGUAAAAUUUUCAACGCUGCAGAGACAGGAGAGCUGCCUUUUCAACCUUAGCAUAGUGCCCACAGGCUACAGCGAGAUCUCUAACAUUCCUGUGGAUAAGCCAGGCCGGAGGCUCUAUAAUGUGCGGAAAUCCAUGCUUCAGGAGUCUGUAUCUGUGCUACUGCAGAACAGUGCCUCAGAAGGCAACAAAGUCAUCACUGUGCGAUCCCCACUACAGAUUAAGAAUCAUUUCUCAGUGCCUUUUGCCAUUUUGAAGUACUCCCCGGAUAUAGGAGGGCUGGUGAAUGUCGGAGUUGCUGAACCAGAGAAAGAGUUUCAUGUCACGCUGGACUCUUACAGAUGUCACUUGUUCUUGAUGCCUGUUGGACCUAUUGAGGGCCAGUAUCAUGAGUCGACUACAUACAUUGCAUGGAAGGAGCAGGUUCAUGUGAGUUCAGAGGUGCGUUCCUUGCUGCAGUGCCCAGCAAAGGACAGCAGCUUACGGCCAGUUGUCAUCAACACACUGGCAGUGCCAGACAACCUGUGUCACAUUGAUAGCCACAGUGAAGAAGAAUGGGACCCUGCCUACAUUAUCCACCUGCACCCAGCUGUUUCUCUUCGAAACCUGCUUCCAUACUCCAUCCGCUACCUAAUGGAGGGUUCAGCUGAGUUUGAAGAGCUACAUGAAGGCAGCACAGCUGAUCUGCUGAACGUGAGCGUCAGUGGUGAAAUUAUGGAGUUAGUGCUUGUGAAGUAUCAGGGCCGCAACUGGAACAGCCAUGUCAAGAUCAUCCCAGACAUGCCGGAGUUGUUCCCUGUCUGCUUUACUAGCGACACCAGCGAGAAGCUCACUGUAGAUGUGUAUGCACACGUGAGCCACAUGGCUGGACAGCUCAUCAUUUCCAUCUUCAGCCCAUACUGGAUCAUAAACAAGACAGCCCGUGUGCUGCAAUACCGGGCUGAUGACAUCUAUGUCAAACACCCUUCUGAUUUCCGAGAUGUGAUCCUGUUCUCCUUCAAGAAGAAAAACAUUUUCAGCAAGAACAAACUGCAGCUUUGCGUGUCUACCAGUUCCUGGUCAGAUGGUUUUUCUCUGGAUACAGUGGGCAGUUAUGGGUGUGUCCGUUGCCAAGAUAAAAACAUGGACUUCUUGGUGGAAAUCAGUAUACAAUUAAGCAGUUUUAACUUAACACGGAUUGUGACUAUUAGCCCUUUUUACACUCUGGUGAAUAAAUCCUCCUUUGAGCUAGAAGUAGGGGAGGUGCAAAAUGACAACAGUAAUAUCAGCAACAAGUGGCACUACAUCUCCUCCACAGAGUGUUUGCCUCUGUGGCCAGAGUCUGGUACAGAGAAGCUGUGUAUACGGGUAGUAGGUUCUGAAUUGCCCUCCAAAUCCUUCUUCUUUAACAAGCAAGAUAAUGGAACUCUGCUUUGCAUGGAGCAGUAUGGAGGCAUCAUAGUGGAUGUAAACAUCUCAGACCACUCCGCUGUCAUCAGCUUCACUGAUUACUAUGAUGGAGCAGCUCCUGCUCUGCUGGUGAACCAUACUCCCUGGGUUACCAUCACAAUCAGACAGAGUGGCUGUGAGGCAUCUUGUGAGCUGAAGCCAGGUGAGGUUCAGCUAUUUGUGUGGGACAAUCCUGCAGGGGUGCGGAAGCUAUGCUGGACAUGUCAGGGCCACAGCGGAGAGCUAGACCUGAUCAAGGACCAGUGUGGGCAGUUUGCGUAUGAGAGUCUGACUCAGGUACACUGGGUGUCGUUCCUCGAUGGCCGACAGCGCAUCUUGCUUUUUACUGAAGACGUGGCUGUGGUAACCAAAGCUAGCCAAGCUGAAGAGCUGGAGCAAUUCCAACAGGAAAUGAACAUCUCUGUACAGAACCUGGGCUUGUCCCUCAUCAACAAUGACAAUAGACAUGAAAUAGCAUACAUGGGCAUUACCAGUUCUGGUGUAGUUUGGGAAAUGAAACCAAAGAACCGCUGGAAGUCUUUUAACCAUAAGAACAUCAGUCUUUUGGAGAAGGCCUACCAGAACCACCUCAGUGGCAAGACAGAGCCAGGCUGGUUGAAGCUGGAAACAGGGCUUGAGGUGGACUUUACAAGGAUGCCCAUGUUGAUGAGGCACCCGUACUCUUGCAUCAUCCGGAGGAACUUUCUGGCUGGUAUCCAUGUGGAGCUAAAGCAGUCACCACACCAAAGGAGCCUUCGAGCACAGCUUCACUGGCUGCAGGUGGAUAACCAGCUAACUGGAGCCAUCUUCCCAACAGUAUUUCACCCUGUACCCCCUCCCAAAUCAAUUGUUCUGGACUCAGAGCCAAAGCCCUUUAUAGAUGUCAGCAUAAUUACACGAUUCAACGAACACAGUCAAGUAAUGCAAUUCAAGUACUUCAUGGUACUAGUGCAGGAGAUGGCAGUAAAGAUGGAUCAGGGAUUUUUGGGGGAGAUCCUCGCUUUCUUUACUCCCACCACCAACAUCCAGGCUGACAAGCAGAAGAGUAAGCUGAUUGAGAAAGAUCUGGAUUCACUGCAAGCACAGCUGAUGGAGAGCUCCAUUACAGAUACUUCAGGCCUCAGCUUCUUUGAGCACUUCCACAUCUCUCCCAUUAAAUUGCAUUUGAGUCUGUCUAUGGGCUCCAGUGGAGAUCAGUCUGAGGAGGGUAAAAUACUGGCCCUCCAGUCAGUCAACCUGCUUCUUAAAAGCAUUGGAGCAACACUUACGGAUGUGGAUGACCUCAUCUUUAAACUUGCUUUCUUUGAAAUGAAGUACCAGUUCUACCGGAGGGAGAAUCUGAUGUGGGCUGUGAUUAAGCAUUACACAGAACAGUUCCUGAAGCAGAUGUAUGUGCUGGUGUUGGGAUUGGAUGUGUUGGGAAAUCCUUUUGGACUGAUAAGAGGCCUCUCAGAAGGAAUGGAGGCCUUCUUCUAUGAGCCCUUCCAGGGUGCUGUUCAAGGGCCUGAGGAGUUUGCAGAGGGCGUUGUCAUUGGUGUACGCAGUUUCCUGGGCCAUACUGUAGGUGGCGCUGCAGGGAUGGUGUCCCGUAUUACGGGUUCAGUUGGAAAAGGUCUGGCUGCUAUCAGUAUGGAUAAAGAAUACCAACAGAAACGUCGGGAAGAGAUGAACAGACCCUCCAGAGACUUUGGAGCGAGUCUGGCAAAGGGAGGCAAGGGCCUUCUGAAGGGAGUAGUUGGAGGUGUGACAGGAAUAGUUACCAAACCUGUGGAAGGGGUAAAGAAAGAGGGAGCUGCAGGCUUCUUUAAGGGCAUUGGAAAGGGCCUGGUGGGAGUGGUGACUAGACCUACAGGGGGCAUUGUGGACAUGGCCAGUAGCGCUUUCCAGGGUAUUCAGAGGGCGGCGGAGUCAACAGAAGAAGUGACAAAGCUGCGACCUGUCCGCCUCAUCCAAGAAGAUGGCAUCAUCCGGCCCUACAACCAGCAUGAGUCAGAGGGCUAUGAUCUUUUUCAGCCUGAGGAGAAAUAAUGGGUUAGGGGCAACAAAACUAAAACAUUUUCUAUAGAGCAAAGCGAUAUAAAGGUUGUUGAAUUAAAGCACACAUGCUAAUAAAGCUUCAACACUUUGAUCUGUCAUUUUAAUUAACCUUUGGUUGAUUGUUGAAUUAUUGUGUGUGUAAUGCAGUAGAAAAGUUUGUUAUUGCCUUGUGUCUGUCUUACACUGUUCCUGUUUAAUAGCUGUAAUCUUUUUUGAUUAGUCUAAUACAAGUGUUUUCUUUGCUGCAAGUUUUUCUAUAUUUGCCACUUUUAAUACCUCAUUUACUUUUGCUUUUUACUUUUACUGAAAUAUUUGUGUGUCUACAUUUUAAAAAGUCAUUAAUGUUGUUAAUAAAUGUACCUGCAUUCUACUUUGUCCUUAAAACACACAGAAGAAAUUAAAUUAGACCACUUAAUACAUACAUAUAAAUGGUAAGAAGACACAAUCACAUUCUAUUAAUGAACAAUGGCAAACAAGUAUAUUAUAAUUUGUAAUUAAAGAGUCCAAUAUUUUAAUAUGUAUUUUGUUAAAUGAAAAGGUGUUUAUUUUAAAGUUUGUUUUAUUGCUUGGGCUGGUAAUAUAGUAUUAUUGUUUAAAUAUCUAAGAAUUACCCAAAUAAUCAAUAUUUAAUCAUGGCCCAACUAAUGUCUGAUGUACAUUCCUACAUAGCCCUACUUUGUAAUACCAGAAAUUACAUGAUGCAAGCAAUUUGAUUGCCUUUACUGUUUUUGUGUUUUGUUUUAUGGUGUAAUGUAAUUGUAUUAGUUAACUUGUGAUCUUCACCUGUGAGCUUCAGUGAUUUGUCAUAAAUUAUCAUGACAUCUGGAAUAAAUCUGCCUAUGAUUGUUGUCA